AUGACUUCAGCUCCAUCAGAUUCUGAAUCAAACCUUAGUGGCUUCAUCAGAUACAGUCAUAAAGAUUAUAAACGUUUAUACACAUCCAUGAUAGAGAGCAUGGAGAUGAUAAAUCAAGACCUGCUGCAAGUUGAAAAGAAUAUGAAGAAUAUAGUACAACAGUCAGGACCACUUGAAAGUCAAUUGGCAGCAUUACUUCAGUCGUUGCCGAAAAAAAUCUCUAAUGUACCCAUGGACACGGAAUAA